ACACACACGCCCUUGGCUACAUCGGACCCAGAUGACUGCCUCCUCACUUCCUCCCUCCCGAUUCCGCCGCGGCCCCCAAAGACUCUCGGGGUGGCCCCUUGUCCGCACCGCUUGGAGGGAGUGUGCUCUGAGUUAAGCUGGUCUCUUCUGGUCCUGGAAAAAAAUGAGUAUUGACAAGGUUGCUGGAUCUGCGCAGAAAAGAAAGUGCCACUUAAUAAAAAAUUUAGCCCGGCAGUGGUACCGUCUGCAGAGCUUGCUGCCCUUGGACGUUAGCAGGAAGCCUUCGGGGUGCUGUAAUCGGCGGGCAGAGGAGAGGGAGGCCGCGGAAUUAAAAGGAACAAAAGCUAGAGCGCCAUGCCAAACGUCCCCGGCAAGACCCAGUUAGGCAGGAGCCGGGAGUGAUGGGAAAAUGAACUAGAAUACGAUGAGCUGCCCCAUUACGGCGGGAUGGACGGAGUAGGGGUUCCCGCUUCCAUGUACGGAGACCCUCACGCGCCGCGGCCGAUCCCCCCGGUUCACCACCUGAACCACGGGCCGCCGCUCCACGCCACACAGCACUACGGCGCGCACGCCCCGCACCCCAAUGUCAUGCCGGCCAGUAUGGGAUCCGCUGUCAACGACGCCUUGAAGCGGGACAAGGACGCGAUCUAUGGGCACCCGUUGUUUCCUCUGUUAGCUCUGGUCUUUGAGAAGUGCGAGCUGGCGACCUGCACUCCCCGGGAACCUGGAGUGGCUGGCGGAGACGUCUGCUCCUCCGACUCCUUCAACGAGGACAUCGCGGUCUUCGCCAAGCAGGUUCGCGCCGAAAAGCCACUUUUUUCCUCAAAUCCAGAGCUGGACAAUUUGAUGAUACAAGCAAUACAAGUACUAAGGUUUCAUCUUUUGGAGUUAGAAAAGGUCCACGAACUGUGCGAUAACUUCUGCCACCGAUACAUUAGCUGUUUGAAGGGGAAAAUGCCCAUCGACCUCGUCAUUGAUGAAAGAGACGGCAGCUCCAAGUCAGAUCAUGAAGAACUUUCAGGCUCCUCCACAAAUCUCGCUGACCAUAACCCUUCUUCUUGGCGAGACCACGAUGAUGCAACCUCAACCCACUCAGCAGGAACCCCAGGGCCCUCCAGUGGGGGCCAUGCUUCCCAGAGCGGAGACAACAGCAGUGAGCAAGGGGAUGGUUUAGACAACAGUGUAGCUUCACCUGGUACAGGUGACGAUGAUGAUCCGGAUAAGGACAAAAAACGCCAGAAGAAAAGAGGCAUUUUCCCCAAAGUAGCAACAAAUAUCAUGAGAGCAUGGCUCUUCCAGCAUCUCACACAUCCGUACCCUUCCGAAGAGCAGAAGAAACAGUUAGCGCAAGACACAGGACUUACAAUUCUCCAAGUAAACAACUGGUUUAUUAAUGCCAGAAGAAGAAUAGUACAGCCCAUGAUUGACCAGUCAAAUCGAGCAGUGAGCCAAGGAGCAGCAUAUAGUCCAGAGGGUCAGCCCAUGGGGAGCUUUGUGUUGGAUGGUCAGCAACACAUGGGGAUCCGGCCUGCAGGACCUAUGAGUGGAAUGGGCAUGAAUAUGGGCAUGGAUGGGCAAUGGCACUACAUGUAACCUUCAUCAUGUAAAGCAAUCGCAAAGCAAGGGGGAAGUUUGCAGAGCAUGCCAGGGGACUACGUUUCUCAGGGUGGUCCUAUGGGAAUGAGUAUGGCACAGCCAAGUUACACUCCUCCCCAGAUGACCCCACACCCUACUCAAUUAAGACAUGGACCCCCAAUGCAUUCAUAUUUGCCAAGCCAUCCCCACCACCCAGCCAUGAUGAUGCACGGAGGACCCCCUACCCACCCUGGAAUGACUAUGUCAGCACAGAGCCCCACAAUGUUAAAUUCUGUAGAUCCCAAUGUUGGCGGACAGGUUAUGGACAUUCAUGCCCAAUAGUAUAAGGGAACUCAAGGGAAAAGGAAACACACGCAAAAACUAUUUUAAGACUUUCUGAACUUUGACCAGAUGUUGACACUUAAUAUGAAAUUCCAGACAGCUGUGAUUAUUUUUUACUUUUGUCAUUUUUCAUCAAGCAACAGAGGACCAAUGCAACAAGAACACAAAUGUGAAAUCAUGGGCUGACUGAGACAAUUCUGUCCAUGUAAAGAUCCUCUGGAAAAAGACUCCGAGAGUUAUAACUACUGUAGUAUAAAUAUAGGAACUAAGUUAAACUUGUACAUUUCUGUUGAUCACGCCGUUAUGUUGCCUCAAAUAGUUUUAGAAGAGAAAAAAAAAUAUAUCCUUGUUUUCCACACUAUGUGUGUUGUUCCCAAAAGAAUGACUGUUUUGGUUCAUCAGUGAAUUCACCAUCCAGGAGAGACUGUGGUAUAUAUUUUAAACCUGUUGGGCCAAUGAGAAAAGAACCACACUGGAGAUCAUGAUGAACUUUUGGCUGAACCUCAUCACUCGAACUCCAGCUUCAAGAAUGUGUUUUCAUGCCCGGCCUUUGUUCCUCCAUAAAUGUGUCCUUUAGUUUCAAACAGAUCUUUAUAGUUCGUGCUUCAUAAGCCAAUUCUUAUUAUUAUUUUUGGGGGACUCUUCUUCAAAGAGCUUGCCAAUGAAGAUUUAAAGACAGAGCAGGAGCUUCUUCCAGGAGUUCUGAGCCUUGGUUGUGGACAAAACAAUCUUAAGUUGGGCAGCUUUCCUCAACACAAAAAAAGUUAUUAAUGGUCAUUGAACCAUAACUAGGACUUUAUCAGAAACUCAAAGCUUGGGGGACAAAAAGGAGCAAGAGAAUACUGUAACAAACUUCGUACAGAGUUCGGUCUAUUAAUUGUUUCAUGUUAGAUAUUCUAUGUGUUUACCUCAAUUGAAAAAAAAAAGAAUGUUUUUGCUAGUAUCAGAUCUGCUGUGGAAUUGGUAUUGUAUGUCCAUGAAUUCUUCUUUUCUCAGCACGUGUUCCUCACUAGAAGAAAAUGCUGUUACCUUUAAGCUUUGUCAAAUUUACAUUAAAAUACUUGUAUGAGGACUGUGACGUUAUGUUAAAAAAAAAAAGGUGUUAAGUCACAAAAAGCGGUAAUAAAUAUUUCAUUUUUGAUUUUU